AUGAAAGGCUUGAAUGGCGCCGCGACUCCCCGGGAAAAGCAGGGAGCCAAGCGGGAGGGAGCAGGAAGCGCCGGGGCGCGGGGCUGGGUGCCCCUCACGGCUUGCCUCCGCCCCCUCCAUUCCGCACUGGUCGGGGUGAGGGGAUGGGGGCGGGGAGGGGGGAGCCGUGCUGACGUCACUGCGGGCCGUGCCCGCCCGAGGAGGCGGCGCUGGGAGCCGCUCAGAGAGACCCGAGAAGCCACGCACUGCCAGGAGCCCCCGCACCGCUGCCACGGUGCCCGCCUCCCGCGGCUAUCGCUGUGCGUCCGCCCAGGCAGGGGUGCCUGGAGAGCGCCAGAGCCGGGCGUCAGCCCGGGAACGCGCCAGAUGAGGGGCAGCGGAGCUGCUGUCCCCGCCGCCGCCCCACCCCCGCCGCUGCCUCACGGGGCCCCGGCCCCCUUCCCGGACACGCUGCAGAGUCAGAAGACAGAAAGGAGAAGCGGGGCUCUGGUGGAGGAGUGUCAAGCUAUCAAAUCUGACCAUCAUGUCUUCAUGAGGAAAGUAAAUGACGACGAGACCCCGCUCCAGAAGCAGAUUGAUGUGCAGCAUAGUGAUUUGACGUUUACAUCCCUUUAUGAAAUGAUCAUCACGUCUCUGGGAAUCUUGAGGAUCAAAGAAUCAAAGCUGAUAUUAUCUAUUGAGCCCUGGGAGCAUCCAGAAAGAAGUAUGAAUCAUGGAAGAUUUUAAGUUUCAAACAAGCCCAAGGGAAAAUCCUGCCUUGGAAGGCUCUCAAUUUGUUGGAGGUGAUUGAUGUGACUAACUCUUCCUGUGAGUUUUAGGCAAACUUAAAUGCCUUCAGGGCACAGGCAGAUAAAUGAGUAAGUGAAGUAAGCAGAGGGAAGGACAUGCUGGGGACAGCGGAGGGACAGAAGGAGCAGCCACUGCUCAGUGCCAUUUAGAAAUAUGGACCCAGUGGCCAGAAACUCCGAAGCUUCCAGAGAAGCCAGAAAUCUGGAUUUCUUCACAUGAACUCUCCAGGUUUUCAAAUAUUCGUAGCUUUUAAAAAAAUUUAUUAUGAAAAACUUCAAACAUACAGAAAAACAGUGAUAUUAUAAGGA